CUUUUUCUCGUCUUGUAGACUGCUCUAGCGUCUGUUCCGCAAAACGGUUACUUUGCGCGGAGCGCAUACAACUUUACAUAGGAAGUAUCACUUGAAAGGAGUUCCACUCCAGUGAGCGACCUUAUGCGAGACAGUGAAGAACAGAGGGCUCUCUAUACAGGCUCGUGCAGUGAAGCGGCGGAACACCUGCUGACAUAAAGUGGGGACCGAUGAUGAGUAUUUUUAUUUGCGCCGGUGAAGGUGAGGAAACAUCUUAUCCCAGAUGAAUGAACGUAUGCCAGUCGACGUUCAAGAAAGGAUGGGACUGUGACAUUUCUUAAUUUCUGGUAAGGACUAUUGAGUGGUGUGUAUUUUCAUAUUCUGAAGCAUCCUUUUUUGAGGAAACAUGAAGUUCAACGGAUACCUUAAGCUGCGAAUUGGGGAAGCGGUGGAUUUGAAGCCCACCAGCACCGCGCGCAGACACACGGUCAUGUUCAACAAGACCACCCAAAGCCUUGACCCUUACAUCGUGGUCAAGGUAGAUGAGUUCAAGGUGGGACAGACGCACACCAAGCAAAAGACCAACGUGCCAACCUACAACGAAGAGUUCGGUCUGAACGUAAGCAACGGUACUCAGAUCGAACUUGCCGUCUUUCACGACACGCCAAUAGGUUACGACGACUUUGUUGCCAACUGUGCUAUCCAGUUUGAGGACCUGGUGAAGACCACGAGCACGGAGGAGACGUUUGAAGGAUGGAUUGACCUGGAGCCUGAGGGCAAGGUUUAUAUUCAGAUUACACUCACCGGCUCCUUUAUAGAUGAUGAAGCUACGAGUAACGUGCGUGUGCGUAAGGAGUUCACGCGUCAGAGGCAGGGCGCGGUGCGCAGGAGAAUCCACCAGGUCAACGGACACAAGUUCAUGUCCACCUUCCUCAAGCAGCCCACAUUCUGCUUCCACUGCCGGGAGUUCAUAUGGGGUGUCUUUGGAAAACAGGGUUACCAGUGCCAAGUGUGUAGCUGUGUGGUCCACAAGAGGUGCCAUCAGCUGGUGGUCAUCGAGUGUCCACGCAUGAAGAAGGCCACCAAGGAACCGACCACCAAUCAAGGCUUCAGCAUCAACGUGCCUCAUAAGUUCAGCAUCCACAACUACAAGGUCCCCACCUUCUGUGACCACUGCGGAUCGCUGCUCUGGGGGCUCGUCAAACAAGGCCUCCACUGCAAAAUGUGUAAGAUGAAUGUGCAUAUCCGCUGUAAGGGUAACGUGGCCCCCAGCUGUGGGGUGAACAGUGUGGAGCUGGCCAAUAAGCUGGCAGAGAUGGGCCUGCAGCCGGGAGACCCGGGCAAGCGCAACUCACUGAGCCAUGGCAGUAGCAUGUACAGCCGUGAGCCCAGUCUGCGGCGGAUGGAGUCCUGCCCAUCCGAGUCCGUGAGCAUGGAGUCACAGAGCCACAGGAGGCUGGGCAUCGGAGACUUCACCUUCCUGCAAGUACUGGGCAAGGGCAGCUUCGGGAAGGUGAUGCUGGCGCGGAUGGGCAGCAGUGAGCGUGUGUUUGCGGUGAAGGUUUUGAAGAAGGACAUUAUCCUGCAAGACGAUGACGUGGAGUGCACCAUGACAGAGAAGAGAGUGCUGUCACUGGCCCGAACACACCCCUACCUCACACAGCUAUACUGCUGCUUCCAAACACCGGACCGCCUGUUCUUCGUGAUGGAGUUUGUGAACGGGGGAGACCUGAUGUUCCACAUCCAGAAGUCGCGGAAGUUUGAGGAGGACCGCGCUCGCUUCUACGCCGCCGAGAUCACCUCUGCACUCAUGUACCUGCACAGCAAAGGCAUCAUUUACAGAGAUCUGAAGCUGGAUAACGUGCUGCUGGACCAGGAUGGCCACUGUAAACUGGCCGACUUUGGCAUGUGCAAGGAGAACAUUUUUGAAGGCAUCACCACCUGCACCUUCUGUGGAACGCCAGACUACAUCGCUCCUGAGAUCCUUCAGGAGAUGAUGUACGGGGCGUCGGUGGACUGGUGGGCACUGGGCGUGCUCCUGUACGAGAUGCUGUCCGGCCACGCCCCCUUUGAGGCGGAGAACGAGGACGAGCUGUUUGAGGCCAUCCUGAAUGAGGAGAUCAUCUACGCCUCCUGGCUGAGCACGCACGCUGUCAACAUACUGACCGAGUUUUUGACAAAGAACCCCACUCGUCGCCUGGGAUGUGUUCCAACAGAUGGAGGGGAACAGGCCAUUGUGAGCCAUGCCUUCUUCGCCGACAUCAACUGGGACAAACUCAACAAACGAGAAAUUGAGCCUCCAUUCAAGCCAAGGAUUAAAACUCCAGAGGAUGUGAAUAACUUCGAUCCGGACUUCACGUCGGAGGAGCCCAUCCUGACGCCUAUUGAGGAUAUCCUUCUGGCCCACUCCAGCCAGGACGAGUUCCGGGACUUCUCCUUCACCUCAGAGGACCUGCUGGCCAUGUAGAGGAGACAGACAGAGAGAGAGAGACAGCAAGAGAGAGAGAGAGAGAAGAGAGGGUUCAACUAGAAUAUCUCAUUUAAUGCCACUCCUCAGCUAACUCAUCACUGUAUGUUGCACAAACUGAAGGAUAUCAACAAAGCAACCAAAAGUCCUCCUCUAGUAGUUAAUGCUUUCUAAACAUCAUCUCCCAAAAAUGUCUUUCCAACAAAGUGUUAAAUUAUUCUUUUUGUCGAGCCAUAAGGUAGUUAUCUCUGUAGCAGUAUGUCUUGGACAGUCAAGCUGGACUAUAUUUCCCUCCUGUUGUUCAGGAGCCACCUGCUAGCCAUGAAUCUUCUAUUAAGCCUUUUUAGCCCUCAAUGCUAAUCAAAUCGAGCCCAGAUAGCUCAUUAAGGCCAAGGCAAAUGGCCAGGCUCCCCGACGACUUCGACUGGAAUGUAAAUCUGUGCUGAAGCAGAGACAGGGACCAGGGGGAUCAUGGGGCUCUUGGUGACACGGGUCUGGCCAGAUAAAGCAAGUAAUGCAAUUCAACCAUGCUGCGAAAACAAGAGAUAGAGAUGCUGACAAGUGACGAAUGACAGUGGACUAAUGCAUGUUCUGAACGUGCAGUACUACUCUCUGGUUGCUUCUGCUUCUGGCAUCGUGCCUCAGUGGUUCUCACACACAGCAGCCAUGGCCAACCCUCUCGGCAGGCCAAGUCAGGUCAGCGUCUAAUUGUGACAGGCAUGCCUGUGAAAUGCAGCGGAAGUCGUGGCGCAAAAAAAUGCCAAGUCAUGAAAAAUGAAGGUGAUCAUAGGCCUCAUCUCUUGCUUAGUUCAAUGUAAAGGAUUUAAUGGAGUUCCCAGGCUGGUGGGAGCAGUGAGGAGGAGAGAGAGGGUGUGAAAUAU